AUGGUGUUACAAAUUGAAAUGGUUGCUUGCUUGUCGUCGCCUCUCCGUGGUUAUCCCAAUGACAAACCUACCACAAGCAAAAGCCUUCCAAAUGGCACGCAAAAAAACGGGACUGGAGAGAAAUCUGCGGCUCCACCCCCGGCAACCCGAGCCGCGCACGAUCCGGUGCAUGUGGAAGAUCCGCUAUCCCAGGAUGUCAUACCACAGAGCAUUAUUGGCCGCAUUCUUCGUCUAAUUCGCCACCGCGCACGAUGGUUCCGGCGCCAAUUUACCGGCGAAGAAGAUCCGGACGAAGAGAAGAACAGCGCCCCGCCUCCUCCACCGGUACUCAACCGCGAUCCGAAAACUGAUCCCAAUUUCCGGAUUUGGGGAUUCAGAUUCCGUCCCGAGUGGGUUAUCGAUCCAUCCAGUAACGCGUACUACCGUUGGUUGGCGAUUCUUUCCAUUGCCAUCAUCUACAAUAUUGUGAUAAUUCUUCCGCGUACCGUUUUCGAUGAGUUACAGCGUGACUACAUGGUUGUUUGGUUCGUUUUCGACUACAUCAGCGAUUUUAUGUAUUUGGUGGAUAUGGUGGUGCAUGUUUUAACGGGUCAUCUGGAACAGGGUUUACUAGUGCGAGAACCAAGAAAACUGAUACGCGCUUACGUAAAAAGCUUCACUUCCAAGAUGGACCUGGCCAGUAUACUUCCGACGGAUCUCGCAUUUAUAUACACCGGACUGGCCGCCCCUUAUCCAAUAGUGCGCGUCAAUCGAGUACUGCGCAUUGGCCGGUUAUCGGAAUUCACUUACCGCACGGAAACCCGAACAAAUUUCCCUAAUGCGUUCCGCAUCGGCAAUUUGAUUUUAACCAUCAUCGUCAUUAUUCACCUGAACGGUUGCGUGUAUUAUGCCAUCAGUAAAGGGAUUGGAUUAGCGUCCGAUGCAUGGGUGUAUCCAGGUGCCGCCUACUGGCGGAUAAACAAACUGCCAGAAAUUCAACCCCACAUGAACGGACUCACUCAUUCAACGACCCUACCGCCUGUGGAAAACUGCUGCGGCAGCAAUAACAGUACUAAUAUUACGAAGCCGGUAACCAAUGAUGAUGAUCCAUUGAUUCAGAAGUACGUCUGGAGUUUUUAUUGGUCUACACUGACACUGACCACCAUCGGGGAAGUACCAGGACCGGUUCGGGAAGGGGAGUAUGUCUUCGUUAUCAUAGACUUUUUGAUUGGGGUCUUGAUCUUCGCCACCAUCGUCGGUAAUGUCGGCAGCAUGAUCAGUAACAUGAAUGCGUCGCGGGUCGAGUUUCAGAAUCGCAUGGACGGCGUGAAGCAGUACAUGGAGUUCCGUAAAGUCGGCAAAGAGCUUGAAAACCGGGUGAUAAAAUGGUUUGAUUACUUGUGGUCCAACAAGCAGUCUUUGGAUGAAGAAUCGGUUUUGUCGUCACUGCCGGAUAAACUGAAAGCGGAAAUAGCCAUGCAUGUUCAUCUGGACACACUGAAAAGAGUCAGCAUCUUCCAAGAUGUGGAACCCGGUCUUCUUGUUGAGCUGGUUCUCAAACUAAAGCUGCAGGUGUUUUCUCCGGGGGAUUACAUCUGUAGAAAGGGUGACAUCGGGAAGGAAAUGUACAUAGUCAAGCGCGGCCGUCUGAGCGUAGUAGCUGACGACGGUGUAACUAUUUUCGUCACACUAAGCGACGGAAGUGUCUUCGGUGAGAUUUCUAUUCUGAACAUCGUGGGAAACAAAACCGGCAAUCGCCGCACCGCCAACGUCCGCAGCAUUGGAUAUUCCGAUUUGUUUUGCCUGUCGAAAGACGACCUUUGGGAUGCACUAACAGAAUAUCCGGAAGCUAAAAAGAAACUCAUUGAACGGGGUCGACAGAUUCUCAUGAAAGACGGCUUGCUGGAUGAAGAGGCGGUGAGGGAAGCGGAGAAGCGGCAGCAGAAUGUCGUCGACAAAGUUGACCGUCUCGAGGUCGAUGUAGACAAUGUGCAAACCAGGUUUGCUCGCCUUCUUGCCGAAUAUUCUAGUUCGCAACAGAAGCUCAAGCAACGAAUAACGAAACUGGAAGAUAAUCUCCAACGGCGUCGAAUAAGAGCCAAGACGCUUCCCGCAUCCGAAGUGGAUAUUUCCAGCCGUCCGCCGCUCAUGCAUCAGAAGUCUGUCGACGACCAAACAGAGCAGUCCGAUGACCAACGAAUGGCACGAUGAUCGCGAGACGAUGCGGGCCGAUCUUCGCGAAUUUAACUCAAUUUGCCAAAUGCUGUCUAUACUAGAUGGCAUUUUUCGUCCGUGAUGCUUGAUUUUGCUUGAAAUUUUUUAUUUGCGUUAACGUUUAGCUAGCGGCAAUCGCAGACAAGAGCUUUCAAAACAGAGCCCCAAUUUCGUUCGUUUGAGUUGUUAUUCUAAAAAUAUUUCAAUUUUGAUUUCUGAGGUCCAACGAAUGCGCUAUUUAUCAAUAUGCACUUCAGUUAUCUGUGAUUUUCGAUCAGUUAAUAUGAAUAACUGCGUUUUCCAAUGAAGAAACCC